AUGUUUGGUGUCCGCGCUGUCCUUAAGAACGCUGCCGUUGCCCGUGUCGCCGUGUCGCGCGCUGCCCCCUCGGCUCUGAUUGCCCGCCGCUGCUACUCGGAUCACCCCGAGGAGACCUACGAGCAGUUCACCGACCGCUACGUCAAGUUCUUCGAGAACGUCGACGACCAGUUUGAGCUCCAGCGCGGUCUGAACAACUGCUUCGCGUACGAUCUCUCCGCCCUGCGUGCUGCCCGCCGCAUUGACGAUUUCGCCACUGGUGUCCGUGUGUUUGAGGCCCUGAAGACCAAGGUCGACAAGAAGUCGCAGUACGAGGACUACCUGCAGGCCCUGAAGCCCGUCAAGGACGAGCUCGGCAUCCAGACCAAGGAGGAGCUUGGCCUGUAA